AUGCCGUCCCCUCCAGCCCCACCGCGCAUGAUAGAUCGCCGCCACGUCUUUGGCGUGUGCGAAAAGGUGAAGGACGGAUUUCAAUACCUCGAUGACACAAAUGUCGUCUGGGUGUCUGGAAAGAGUCUUGUCAUUUUGGACACGCAGCUUGGCACACAACAGUUGAUUUCUUGCACACCGACUUGCCAGUCGGUAACAGCUCUGGCGAUAUCUUACAAUCACCGGCUGUUGGCUGUUGCGGAGAGCUCCAAGUUUCCCUGCAUUGUCAUCUAUGUAUGCGAUCCGAGUGGAAAUCCAAAGCUCAGGCGGAAGAAAGUUCUACAAGUGCCUGACCUUGGCUCCACAGAGUACAUCUCACUUGGUUUCUCUUUGGAUGGGCGGCAUCUCAUUUCGCUUGGUGGUUAUCCCGAGUGGAAUCUCGUUUAUUGGAAUGUUGAACGGGCAAAGAUAAUGGCCACCUGUGCCGUGCUUGAUGAAAAUGAGCUCGCCUCUCGAGAUAAGCGUCUGCUUAAUCAGUGCAGUAUUUGCCCAAACGACUUCUCUCUUGUUUGUGUCUCUGGUCAUGGUAUUGUGAGAUUUCUUUUGUUGCGGGAUAAUCAACUGCGUCGCGCCUCGGGUGGGCUGCGGGAGCCCGUGACAAAUUACAUGUCCCAUAUUUGGAUCCCGACAGAGAACCGUCUCAUUCUCUCCACGGAGAAUGGUGAUCUCAUUCUCAUGGAAAAUAAUGAAUACAAAUACCCGCUUCCAAUGUCUCCAUCAGAUGGGGUUUCUAUCAAUACGCUCAUAGCGUAUAGCAAAGGAUUUAUAUGCGGUGGUGACCUGGGCCUCAUUUAUAUUUUUGAACGAACAGACAAUAAGGAGAUGUACCGCAAGGUGCGAACUUUUAAAUUCAACAAUGAUGCAGAAAACAUGGGGCCGCCGAGUGAAUUGAUUCCGGUGAUCCUUUCUCUUGCACUCUCACCCCCACCUGCGGAGGAGUAUGUUUCCUUUAUGACCAGCACGAAACAGUUGUACUCUAUCAACCUCCCCAAUGCCGACUUUUUCAAGUCUGACGAACGGGUAUUUGAACCUAUUGGCCAACCAUUCCAUUCCGGGGCCGUUAUUGCGGUGGAUGUCUCCGUGCAGCGUCCACAUGCGGUGACUGCUGGUCGUGAUCGCUGCAUCUUUUUGUGGAACCUUAUCACAGGGGUUGUGGAGUUUCGUAAACGUUUUUCGUCCGAUAUCCACAGUAUCGCCAUGCAUCCAUCAGGGCUUCAUCUUUUGGUGGGGCUCACGGAUGGGCUUCGCAUGAUGAAUUUAUUUCACAACGAUGUUAGAGAAUUUAAAAACAUUGGAAUUCGCUCUUGUAUGGAGUGCCGUUUCAGCACGGGCGGCCAAUUCUUUGCGGCGGCACACGCUACAACAAUUCAUGUAUACUAUACAUACACAUGUGAGCUGCUGGGCCACUUGCGCGGGCACAGUGGAAAGGUGAAAACCAUUUUUUUUGUCCCUCCAGAUGACACGAGGUUGGUCUCUGUGGGGCUUGACGGCGCUGUCCAUGAGUUUAAUCUCUGCGAUUUUCAUAAGGUCAACGACAAUGUACUCAAAGCCAUGACGUAUAACUGCGGUCUGGCUGAUGUAGGCACCGUAUGGACUGCCGGCAAUGAUCAAAAACUGCGUCAAUUUGAUCGUACAAAAUUGCAGCCUGUUGCCGAGUACGACUUGCAAAACGCCUCAUUGUACUCGAUGGUCAUCAGCCCCAGGCUGAAACUACUUAUUGGCGGCGCCGAGGAUGGUACAGUGCGUGUAUUCAAUACGUACCUUGGUGAGAAACUUUCUGGCAUGGAAAGGGAGCGGGAAAAUGGGGGGGAAAUUAUGAUUGAAUCACACAAUGCGCACUCCGGUAUUGUAACACGUCUUGCUUUGACGUUUGACGAAUCGCUAGUUGUCAGCGUGGGUGAGGACGGUGCCGUGAUCUUCUGGGACGUCGUCGCCCCAUACCGAGGGCCGCACAAGGAGGUGGAAUAUUCACGUGAACUAUUCAUGGCAAAUAGCGACUUGGAGGCGUCCACAAAGACGGUCUCAGCACUUGAAGCAGAAGUGAAUGAGCUGAAGCAACGGAUGCAGCAACAGCAGAUUAAGCGCGACAGAGUUCACGAGGAACAAUUGCUGAAACUGGAGCAGGAGUAUGCCGACGAGCAGGCGCGUCGCCUCGCACAAUACGAGGCACUUAAGGCGGAUAAAAACGAACAAGCCAUUCAAUUUACAGAUUUUAUGGCAGAGAUGGAGACGAAGGAAAAGGAGGCUUUAAAACGCACAAAGGAGGACUACAGUCUCAAGAUUCAAUCCCUACGAGACCGCGCUGACAGACUGAGACAACUGAUUGACGAACUUCAACAUGAGCAAGACGCCCACCUUGCCGAGGUUCGUGAGGUUGCCGCAAAGAAGCGUGCGGAGGACAAUGAGAGACAGCGAAAGGUGUUAAAAGAGCUGGAAGAAGAAAAUCAUCAACUUUUGAUGGAACGGGAUGAGGAUACGAAACGUACCGAGAACUAUUGCGCUUUGAUUGAAGAUGAAACAGACGUGGAGGUCACUUUGCUGAAGGAGGACGUCGAGAAACGUCGCAAGGAGCAGGAAGAGGAGGUUGCCACCUUGCAGGCCAACAACGAUUUGCUUCUAUCGCGAGAGAACAUCAUAAGGGCCGAACUGGAGGCGGUUAAGGCGGAUGUGCGGGAGAAGCUCCGGCAACAGUCUACAUUGGAGUCGCAGAUUGAGGCGGCAAAGCGUGACAUUGGGGCCCUCACACAGGAGUUUAAAGACCGUGGAGAGACGAUUGCCGAGAAGGAGCGGCGUGUGCUUGACCUCAAGAAGAAAAACCAAGAGCUGGAGAAGUUCAAGUUUGUGCUGGAGUAUAAAAUCAAGGAACUAAAGUUACAGAUUGAUCCACGCGACGAGGAAAUACGGCAGGCGAAAAGUCGUCUGUCGGAGAUGGGAAAAGAGGCUGAUAAUUACACACACAGCAACGAACAUCUUGUGCUGCAGAUCCGCAACCUGCGGCAUAAGAAGGCAGGGCAGCAAAAGGAGCUCGAUAAGCUUGCGGAAAUUAUGCGGGGCUUUUCGGAGUACCUCUCGCGCCUGUGGACGGAGCUCUCGUGUCUUCGGGAGGAGACGAAUCCGCGCAAACUGAAGGAGUUUGCCAAGAUGCUUUUUGACAAGUACACCUCCACCAAGGCGGUUGCCGCGAACAAGACACUUGCCUCUCGCACAGCCGCAGAUGAGGUGCGGGAGUACAAUCGUGAGCGCGAUCACCUUGAGCGGAACCUUGCAGGGCUGAAGAACAAGGUGAACAAGGACGCGGAGAACAAUCGCACCGACAAGAAUCGUAUCACCACAGAGAACGUCAUUCUCAUCAGGGAGAUCAACGACUUGCGGAAGGAGGCACGACGGUUGGCUGAGAAGGCGGGUGCCUGGCGACAGACGGAAAAGUGUGGCGCAUCCUUGCAACAAGAGGAGACGAAACGCGAGCUUGCGAUGCAACGGGCGGAAUUGAAGCGUCUGCGCGCCUUGGCGAGAAAACUGGCAGAAGAGGCACGUGAAAAAGGAAUCACGUUAACGCUCCCUUCCUUGACUGAAAGUAGACCGGGGAGUUGA